AUGACUUUAUUGAUGUUUAUUAUUUUCGAGGUUUACGAGCCGUUGCGAUUUCACUACCUUACAAACGUCGAGAAGUUACAAGUUCUGCAGGCAUUCCUCUCCUGCAGGUUUAAACCAAGUAAUUUAUGGAAAAAAGACUAUUUUCCACCAUUUUGGUACAUAAAAGAGACGAAAUACUACGUCGAACCGAGCAAAAACUUGGCCUGCGUAAAAUACCGGAGUGGACGAAAGCGUUGUUUUCCUGCUGGUAGACUGUUUCGAGGAUUUCUUGAUAAAUGCAGACAGAAUUUUGACAACACGGUUGUUAAGGAGCUUUCUGAUCGCCUCCCACACAAACGAUUGUCAAGUGUGAUACCAGAAAUUAUAGACCGCACAGACAAUGCUGAUAUCCGAUUAUUGCACGUGGUACGUGAUCCUAGGGCAAAUAUCAAUUCAAGAAUAAGAGUGGGUUGGAUGCCGGAUUACAAAAAUGCAACCUUUGAGCAAAAGGUUCAAACACAUUGUGAUGAAAUAGUUGAAAACAUUGAGUUUGGCCAGCAGCUCAACAAGUCUCUCAAACACAGAUACAAACUUAUUACAUACCGGGAUAUCGCAGCCAGACCGGUUGAUACGGCUCGAGAACUCUUCAAGUUUGCAGGUUUUAAUAUGUCUGACAAGACUUUGAAGUGGAUCCUAGAAAGGACAAAUCCAGACCACUCAAUCGAAGCCCCUUCACAGUUCAAGAAACCGUACUCGUUAGUAAGGGAUUCUAAAGCGAACAUUGACAAAUGGAGAGGCGAGUCGCCUCCCGAACGGACUCGUCUUAUAGAAAAAAUAUGUCAGCCACUGCUGGAACUUUUGGAGAAAAUACGUUUUGAGCGAGAGUACUUGUUGGUUUAGUUUUGUCGAAGGCAAUCCUGGUGCCAUAGAGAAUAAGCCAGAAUGAAAUAAAUAGUUAGGAAGGUUGGGAAAAUACUGAUAUACCUUUUCUUGGUAUAUUAACCUUGGGAGAUCCUUCAGAAUGUUUCCUUGGCCCACCCAAUAAGGAAUAAAAUGAUCUCGAAAUCAGAUCCCCACGGCCAAGCGUCCAACAGACUGUGGUCUUGGUAUAAGAUAAGAAUAGGAAGUGUACAGUUACGCCCCAGAUACUGGAAUGGUGACAGCUGUGACGAAGUCAAGAUCUCUCUUCAUUGGUAUUUGUCUAUCAUGUGGCACUUAACUUUUGCGGGUUCUAAACUGUGCGAUUUUUGCGGUUUUUCCACAAUCCGCAAAGCAAAAGUUCUCGCAAAACUUUUUUCCGCAAAUAUUUACUACACUGGCGAAAUUACACAUACAAACAUCACAAGUAGAUGACCUUGUUGCUUCCAUCAGCCACAUAAAAGCACCAGUCACCAUGUAAUUGUUAUAGAGUGAAACUGACUACUGGAUUAGUGUGUUUUACAUCUCUACAAGUUGUUUCAAGUUGUUUCACUUGAACGCGACUUCCCGAAAAUCGCAAAAAUUAAUACCCAGCAAGAAAAACCAGCCUUUUACGAUGGCAAAAAUUAGUUCUCGCAAAAUACAAAAUAUUGGCGAUUCGAAAACAUAAACUCCCGCAAAAAUUUAGUGCCACAUGGUACAUAGUUCCUGUUCGACUUUUACCCGAGCGUUCACGCUCAAUUGAUUUCGGUGACGUAUCCGAGACGAAUGGCCCGCCUCGGACCACGUGACCCGAAAACGAUUGACGGAGGUCAAAUAUGGAGGCCUAGGAACUAGGCAACAUUGGCAACCCAAUUCUGUCUCGGAGAAGUCACUGAACAGGGUUGACAUAGUCCGAUCCAAACAAAGGGAUCGUAACUGACUGAGUCCUAUGAUGCUAGAGUUUAGGCUUCAUGCAAAUUUUCGUUUUAGAAAGCCCUUAUUAGUGAAUUUGUCAGCUUGUAAGUUAAACUACAAUAAGUUACAAUGUUUUGGUCGCUUAUGCCUUGUAACGCUGCACACUGCAAUAACUACAGUAGAACCCCGGUAACUCGAACACUGAAGGGAAACGAAAAACUGUUCGAGUUAGCGGGGUUUCGAGUUAUCGGAGUCGAUUGAAAUAAUCAAUUUCCAGGUUAAUAAUUAAUAGUUUACUUAUUUUCAACACUUCGGUAUACAAUACAGUGCAAAUUGAAGUUAUUUCACGAGAAACUAAUACGUUUUGUAACAACUGUAAUGAAUAUGCAUUCUUACGACAAUGCAAUACUGUGAAUGUAACUAAGUUUAUUUAAUACACUCAAUUUAUGUUCC